UACAAAUAGCGGACCGGACCGCACCUCGUUUCAUUCCAGACUUAACAUCGGGACUGAAAACACAUCAAUUAAAUCUGCUAAACAUGAAACUCUUCCUGACUUUCGGCCUUCUCUUGGCAUGUGGGGCGACACUGUCCUCUGCGCAAUGGAACACAGUCACGGGGUACGCCACUCUCAAUGGUGGAACAACAGGUGGUCAAGGCGGUGAGACGGUCUACGUAUCCAACGAGGCCCAACUUGUAGCCGCUGUGACCGGCAAUGAUCCCCGCAUCGUCAAAAUCACAUCUAUGAUUACACUUUCCGACGUCGUUCGACCUGGUUCAAACAAAACUAUUCUCGGCGCUAGUCCCGGCGCAGGCGUUACUGGAUCCGGUUUCUACAUCCGCCGCGUACAAAACGUCAUUGUCCGUGGUCUUCAAAUCUCCUACUCUAUCGCGCCCGACGAUGGCGUCUCCAUCGACGAGGCGACCAACGUCUGGAUCGACCAUAAUGAAUUCUUCGCAGAUCGAGAACACGGCAAGGAUUACUACGACGGUCAAUUGGACGUGAAACAUGCCGCUGAUUGGAUCACCGUUUCUUGGAACAAAUUCCACGAUUCUUACAAGACCAGUUUGGUUGGACAUUCUGACAACAAUGCGGGCGAAGAUACUGGAAAGCUCCACAUUACGUACAACAACAACUGGUUCACUGAUGUCGGUUCUCGCCUUCCAUCUCUCCGAUUCGGAACGGGUCACAUUUACAACAAUUUGUACGAAAGGGUGGACAUUUCUGGGAUUAAUAGUCGCAUGGGGGCACAAGUCUUGGUCGAGAGGAAUAUCUUCAUCGACGUGGUGACACCAUUGACCACGGAUUUGGACAGUGACCUCGAAGGUUUCGCCGUCGAGAGGGAAAACGACUGGGGUGAUUCGGAGCCAAAUAUUACGCAAGAAGGAUCCUUCACCAACCCACCUUAUUCCUACGAAAUGGAGGCACUUAACCGAGUUGCUGCAGUCGUUCGGGCUGGCGCUGGGAAUACGAUUAGUUUCCCAUAAUUUGACUGAGAUUUCAAUUCGAAUGUUGAGCAUUUAAAUUAUUCGUGAUAUUUGUUAAAAUUUUAAAUAAAUUAUUAAACAAUAAAAUCUAUUAUAGCAGAACAAUAAAAUUAUUAGUGAGGUUA